GGCUUUGCAUAUAUAAAAUCAUUCAUUGCACAUCGAUAGCAAGUUAUUCAAUUCAAAUCAAUCCACGUGAUUACAUCGAAAAAAAAUUAAAUUAAAAUGAAAGCGUUGCAGAUUUUUGUGAUAUUUGUGUUAAUUAUUGCAGUUCAUUCGCAAUUUGAUGGAAGUUUUUGGUGGAUGAAUAAAAAUCUUAUGAAAGAAGCUUCACAAUCACGAAGCAUGAAAGAGCAAAGUGCAAGAAUCCGAACAUUACCACCACGUUAUCGGAAUGAAAAUGAUGAAACGACAUCGAGUAAAUCAAUUUUCACAGAUGAUAAUGAUGAUGGAAACUUUUAUAAAUAUGAUAACGAACCAGAUUGUGUUUGCACUCCAAAGUAUUUGUGCAAUGAGAAUAAUACAAUUAUAACUGAUGGAGCUGGAAUUAUUAAUGAAAGGGCUUACAGUAUUUGUGGAAAAGAUAAAGUCUGCUGUCGAAUUCCUAAAGCUUCUGAUAAUUCACAUACAACAACGAAAAGAACACCAACAAACACACAAAAGCCCGUCAAUCCAACAACAGCGUUAACAGCAAAUCAUUGUGUAAAACAAAGUCGAAAUUCCAACUAUUUAAUACGAGCUGGUGAAUGGGAUCGCAGCAGUACUUUAGAGUAUGCGCCACAUCAUGAUCGUGUGGUUUCACAAAUCAUUUCACAUCCACAAUAUUAUUCUGGAGGCUUAUACAAUGACAUCGCUUUACUAAAAUGGCAAAAUCCGCUUACAAACGAAGUUAACGUUGGAUCAAUUUGUUUGCCAGAAGAAAAUGAAAAUUUUGAGCAUGGAAAAUAUUGCACAGUUACUGGUUGGGGCAAAUCUUCUGAAGAUUCAGUUACAACUGAUAAACUAAAAUUUGUUAAAGUUCCAAUUGUGAAGCACACGCAGUGUGAACGAAUAUUCCAAAACAACCGACUUGGUAGGCAUUUUCGACUUCACGACAGUUUUAUUUGCGCCGGUGGAGAAGAAGGACUUGACUCGUGUACAAAUGAUGGUGGUUCACCACUGAUAUGUCCACGAGAUGAUGGUUCGUUUGUUCUCGCUGGUCUCGUAUCAUGGGGAUUGGAUUGCGGUCAAAAGAACAUCCCCGGUGCAUACACAAAUAUUGAACAUCUACUUAAAUGGAUUAAAAGUCAUGAAAUAAAUGUUUGAUAAAUGUU